AUGUCCGAUGAAGAAGUUAUUAAACGCCGGCUUCAGAUCGAUGGCGAUGGUACCGGUGAUGAUAGGCGCAUAAACGAUUUAUUGAAAACGUUCAUCAAAUGGUGUAAUUCUAAUGAUGCUUCAGACAACAGCCAACCAAUAUACGAUCGAUUACUAGCACAGUUAGCUCAAUGUGAAUUCGACAUGAAAAAGUCCGAUUUCUACGCGAGUGUCAUGCAGCAGGAGGUGAAAAACUAUGCUACUAUUUCAGACACUAUUGAGGCUGGCAUCGAAACGGCAAAGACACAAAUCGUCCAAAGUAAACAGAAUUUAGUUCUUGCGAAAAAGAUCCGCAAGAACCGGAUGGAGUACGACGUAUUAGCCAAAAUCAUCAACCAACAACCUGACCGCAUGAACACCGUUCAAGAGCUGGAAUCAUUGAAACAAAAUCUAGAUCAGCUAAAAGAGAACAAGGCUGACUUAGAGAGGAAGCUAGAAGCGAAAAAGAAAGAUUUUACCGUGCUUAUGCGCUCGAUAGUUGAGCUGCAAAACAAGCUAGAUCCAACAAUGUCAGUAACAGGAGCCAGUGCAUGUGAAGAGGAAGCAAUGGAAGUGGUUCCAAUUGUCGUGUCGGACGAAAAGAUGUCCUGCGAUGAGCCACUCGUUCUGGAAGAGGAAGAUGAUGCUGCCAGUUCUGACAACGAUGAGGUGAUACUUUCUUCGCCCGAGAAACUUACGUGAAUGGUAUUCUUCUGUUCAAAUGCCCCAUGUUCAAUGGGAAACGGAUAUUGUAUUGUACGUUAUUUAGGCAAUAAAAAUUCUCA